AUGGCAUUGAUGCAAGAAACGACCACCACUACCAUAAAGGACUACUCGAUCCCAGAGAUCGACGCUCUUCGAGCUAUCAAUGAGAGAGUCGGGAGAUUGACCCUAGGGCUCUCUAUUGUUGGCUCAAUUCUAUCAGAGCUGCCCAUUAACCCUAGCAGAUUGCUGGACACCAUAAACAGAAUGCCAUUGAGGGACAUUCCAUGGAGCAGCAGCAGCAGAGAAUCCAACCCACUCAGGAGAAACACUUUACUUCUCCAGCUCUUCGAAGUAUGCUUCUCCAUCUUCAACCACGUCGACGGACCGAGAAGCUUGGCUAACCGUAUGGUUCAAGCAAGCGGCUGGUUCGCCUCAGCUCCAAUUCCAACCCCUCUGCUUGCCCUAGCCGCCAGCAAAAUCCCAGAAAAGGGUCGCCGGAAAAAGUCAUAG